AUGAUUGUCCCUGACUUUGACAACUUCCCAGCCAUGGCUACUACCACGGGCAUCGCCCCCAUCCCCACGGUGAUCCCCGGAACUCCUCUGAUCCACGAGCUCCACGACACCGGCAAGCGAACUCUCUGGGUAGUAACCGUCCUCAUGGCCAUCUCCUCCCUAGUGUUCUACACCCUCGCCGCUCGCGCCCCUCUGACAAAGCGGGUCCUACACAUCACCAGUGCCCUGAUCACGACCAUCUCCUUCAUAACCUACCUUGCCCUGUCCACGGGUCAAGGCAUAACCUUUAAAGAACACCACAUUACCGAGGUCCACAAACACGUCCCAAACACCCACACCGACACCCUCCGCCAGGUCCUCUGGCUCCGGUACAUAAACUGGGCCCUUAGCACGCCCCUGCUGCUCACCAACUUCGCGUUGGUCUCCGGUCUACCCGGUGCUAAUCUCCUGAGCGCAAUCGCUGCUAACUAUGUUAUGCUUGCGUCCGGAGUUCUGGGGACUUUUGCGGGACAUACUAGAGCCCGAUGGGCUUGGUUGACGCUGUCCUGUGUGGGGUAUUUGAUUACGCUGCACCACGCGGGAUUCCAUGCGCAGCGGGCGACGCAGAAUAAGGAUGCAAAGCUGCGACGCUUCUUUGGCGCUUUUUCGGGCUCUACCCUCGUGAUGUUUGCCUUGUAUCCGAUUUCCAUCGCGGCUGGUUCCCUGGCUCUCAAGCUCAGCGUCGAUACCGAAACGGUCCUCUUCGCCGUGCUGGAUAUCUUUACGCAGGGUAUUGUGGGAUACUGGCUGUUGCUGACGCAUGAUACCUCUCCUGGACUGGCUUCUCUGGAUGGCUUCUGGACUCAUGGAGUCGGUAGUGAGGGCAACAUUCGCCUGUCGGAUGAGGAGGGCGCGUAG